GAACAAUCCAUCUGCUAGGUACUACCAACGGUUUAGUGAACCUGAACGUAAUAUUAAUUCCACGUUAAUAUAUUAGUGCAAUAUUCCGUAUUGUAUUUUAAUGCAUGAAAACAAUAAGCGGUAAAAAAACAUUGGCGCCUUCGUUCCGCUUCCUUAAGCACUUUUCAUAGCCAUAAAUGCAAGAAGGAAGACAUUACAAAUGUCAAUUGUCUGCCAAAAGACCAAUGAAUUGAGCAUUAAAAACUUUUGUUUUUAUAGGUGAUAGUAGGAAUUUCUGUGGAUCUACGUAACCGUAUCGUACUGGCUCGUUGGAUUCGUAAAGGAGAGAUUGACCAAGUUGGCACCUUGGCUCAUAGGACAUACACACUUCAUUGAAACGAAAACGGUAUUGCUAAAAAUCUGUCGUUCCUGGUGUGUUGUUGUUCUAUCAAUCGGAUUCGUCUAGUGAAUAUUUAUUCGCUUGCAAUAAGUGUAUUUGGAAAUUGUAGUAUUUUCGGGCAUUCCACUGGUAGUUGCUGCCAUUUAUUGUUCGUGAAUUUGCGAAUUUGCGAAUUUGCAAGUCGUGAGGAUUUUCGUUUCAAGUACAUUGGGACGGACUGUCUAUAAGGAUGGAUACUGUCGUCCUUGACCACCGGGGAGAGUUUGUAGCCUUCUUUCGGUGUCUCGAUAUGCUAUGCUAUGCUAUCAUGAUUCAGCAAUAUUAUCAGGAUCCUGUGAUUCUUCUUUUAUUGUUUAAAAUAUUUGUGCAACUGAGUUACCUUACACCGAAACCAUUCUUACAAUUUUCAACAUUUCCCCUUUUUUACCCUUUGCUAGUCAGCUUUGUUAUUUCAGCGAUUUCUCGACUCGUCUUCGGUCUUCCUAGUCCUAGUGAAAGCUUAAAUGGGUACCUAUAUGGAGGCUCUAUUAUUAAUUUUAUUGGAGAGAAGGCUGUUUCUUCUUGCUCUGUCAUCAUUUUGUCCGAUUUCUUUCUAUUCGUCAUUCAAAUAUUUAUGGCCUUAGUGUUGAUUUCUUCAAACCAGAAAGCUUUAAGGAUAGCUCUAAACCAGAAUUCCGAUAGAACAAGGCGACCAGGACUACGGCAAGCUCUGUCGGAACAAACAGAAAACGACCAUGAUCGACAACAAUUUCCAGAUAAUGAACAAAGACAAACAUUGUUACGAACACAAUCAGAUGUAGAACGCAUACGAUUAUUUACUAGACUUUCUCAAUCUAUUCACAGUCUGCAAAAUGGCACGUCCGUUUACCCUUUUACAAACCUGACUGCACUAGAAAGACCAAAUGCAGAACUUCAUUCUUCAAUUCCUGUGAUUGAAAUAAAACUAAGUGAUUGGAAGCGUCUAUUUUGGAAGAUGGACCCACUUUCAGAACAUUCUUCGUUGAAUACUACGCUAGAGAACCAUUCAACUCAUUCUGAAAGCCGCACUUAUUGAUUUUUAAGGCUAGUUCCUUUUAUCAUAGAACCUUGACCUAGAGCAAAUUCCUUUGAUGUCGAAUGUUAUCAAUGUUGUUAUUGGAUCAUUUUAUAAAUUACUUUUUUUUGUAUAAUUUAAAAGUCAUGACCUGGUUUAGUCUGUUUAGACAUUUUAUGAAUCAAUAGAUCAAGUUUACCACCUAAUAUUGUUCGCGGGAAAGGACGAAGGUUGAGGAUCUUAAAAAUCUUAAUAUCAAUGAAAAUAGAAAGGCUGAAAGGACUGCGAAACAAAAACUGCAUGAAAAUUGAGUGCGCUCCUUUUUUUGUUAAACUUUUCGCUUGGCCAUAAACCUUGAUAGUUUGUACCGAUUUGUUAGCCAUGUACAUUCUGAGAAUGUUCCAACGACUACAGUAUGAGCAAAGAGAUUAAAUUUUUCUUUUCUUAUCUCCUUGAUGAAAAACAGUUAAUCUCUUCAUGCGCUUCCUUUCCUUGUACUUUGUUAUUUUUCAAAGAAAACAUGCUAGAAUAUAGAAACCAACAAUCGAUCGUUUCUAAGCAGAUGCAUAGGAACGAACGAAACUAGAAAGUAUUCUUAUGAAAGCCACUGAUUCAUAACCUGUCUGACAUUUCGACGUACAACGUCGGAUUCCAUUCAUAUGAAUCGUUAAUAAAAUGUGUGCUUACGAAGACGAGUUUUACUUUUUUCUUUGUUUAUUUCGCUUCUUUUCUAAUGUUGUAUUAGCAUUGAAAACAGUAACAAAUGAGGAUUUCUACUACAGCAACUCAACUUACUUCUGCCGCUAAUCUAGCAGCCUGCGCAGGAGAUAAAUCAGCAUCACUAGAGACAUUGGGUGAUUCCGCUAGUUUUCUUCCAGAUUCUUUUACAACCCUUGGUGGCUUUUGGACACCCACUGGUUUCUCUAUUCUUGUGGGUUGUUCUAAACGAUUUUGGCCUUGUUGAACUUCUAUAUCCCUUUUAUUAGGCUUUUUUUGGCAAAUAGACAGGAAUUGGCCCAUUCUUCAAUUGCAAUGGUUUCUUUUGCAUUUACUAUGGUGUUUGUUGGCAGAGGGAAGAACCUAUUUGUUUACGAAGAAGAUAAUAAAAAAAAAAAAAAAAAAAAACAAAGGUCAAGUGUUCCACAUAUCAAGAACAGGUGAGAUUACAAAGUCUUCAUUCAAUUUGUCGUUUCUACGUAGCGAUGCUAACAUCAUGUUUCUGUGCAUAAAAACAAUUCUUACCUAUUUUGAAGACGGAUGCACCUACAAUUCUCAUAUGCUUAAAUGAACAUAAAACAAAACCAUAAUAUUUAUAUAAUUUGCAAAAAAAUUUUCCUAAACCCAAUUGAUACCAUGUUUAUCAACUUUCUUAUUCAUCAUCCACUUCUCCUGUCCCAGGCUCAACAUCGUCAGCUUCAAUUCGAUCAGGAUCUCGAGGCUCUUGAUCCUCAUGCCAUUGCGUAGCAUCAUCAAUGUAUCCAAGAACUUUCUCUAUACUUUCCUCGUUAUGGCUUUCUAAUGGGAUGAAGUUUACCAUAUUAAAAUCAUCAAUCUAGAUGGUUAGUUAAUAACACAAGUUGCACCAUUGAAUUUAUAAACAAGAGAAAAUGACCCGCUCAAAGGUUUGAAACGCUUCAUAGCAUAACCAUGAGCGGCUUCUCAAGAGUAUUCAGUCAGUAUCCUUACCAAUUGCACGAUACAUUGAUUCAACUCAUGAUAUUUGGGAUUCAUCUUUUCAUUAAUUUCGCCGGUCAACAGAAGAGGAUCUGUAUUCAAGAAUCGUUUCAAGUCAGCGCGGCUAAUAUUGCUAUUAUCCUUUAGUAAGUCCAUUUUACUGAGUAAAUUGAGAUGAGGGAUUUCCAACAUAACCAUAGCACUCAUGGCACUAAGGACACCAGCGAAAAACUUGGCUCGAUCAACGAGAAACUGACUUUCCAGCAAAUACAAUGCACAUGGUCGAUAGUUCAAAGUCAUUUGUAAGUGUCGUAUCAAUGUCGGCAGAAUAGGUACGUGAGUAUACAAUUCAAUUUGCCCAGGCAUGUCAAAAAUCAAAUAAUCCUCAUCAUAGUCGCCCAACUCUUCAUUCAACCAAUCCAAAUUUUCCAUCAAAAACUCAAAGCAGUAAAUUAAGCCACCGUUUGGGCCAUAGUCCAAUUCUUCCAUCACAUCGUCCAAACUAAUCAAGUCACGAAUGUCCACUGUAGGUUCCCAUUGAAAAUUCUCUGCUGCUGGAUCCAAAUUUACCAAAUGGCACGUCCGCCCAAUGCUUUUCAUAUACGAAAUCAGAGACCCACAAAACGUACUCUUUCCACUACUCGCUACACCGCACGCAAAAGCAGCGACUUUUACCAUUGUUUUAUCCUCGGACGUCAAAAGUUGGAAAAAUACGCGUUUUUGAUACUUCUUACCUACCAAGGGCCACAUAACCCAUAACCUGUUUAUCGUUGCGAGACGGUAAGUAAGUUUAUAAUCGUGAAAUAAAACUGCGGAAACCCCUCAAUAAGGAAGGAGAGAGAGAAUUUCGAGAAAGAAAAAUAAGAAUUCAGACAUGUAGAUCUCCCUGCUCAGUAUAGUAUGUCUGUCAAUCUUUUAGGGAUACUUCCUAAACAUAUCGUACAAAAGUAAAUUAACACGAUAUCGUUUACCUAUAUC